GCAGUGUGGCUUGUCUGCUGGCCUGGUUGUUAAUGAUCCCCUUUGGUUUCCAGAUUAUUUUGAUCAGUCUUAUUUCUACUUCAACAUCUCCUCGGUCGGGAAGAAUGAACAAAUGCUGAAAGCAGAGCUCAGAGUUUUCAAGCUCAAUAAAAACCACAUGCCCCAGAAAUCUUUUUUGGAACAUUUUCUCAAAGUGGAGGUGUAUGAGGUUUUGGACAGGGGAAGUACGCCAGAGAGAAGAACUCUCAUUUCAUCCAGACUGUUGUCGAUGUACACCGAAGGCUGGGAAGUGUUCAACGUCACGCAGACAGUUUCCAGAUGGGUUGGAAACAGCAGCAUGAACCGCGGCUUCCUGAUCAGUACCACUCACGUGUCUAAAAACAAAAUGGAAGUCAACUUCGUCAGGUUUGCCAAGAGCCAGCGCAAUCUGCGGGACAGUCGGAAUGCCUUCUUGGUCCUCUUCACCAAUCAUGACCGGCAGAGAGCUUCCCAUUUCCUCCCCUCCUCCACAGAAUUCCAGCCGGCCGCGCCCGACGAUGCUGCUUCCUCCUCCUUGCCUCGCCAGAACGAGGUCUUGGCGAACAUCAGAGUGAACAAGAGCAGAAGAAUUCGGGACACCUCGGCCUUCUCCCCCAGAGACCCCAUUGUGCCAUGCCAGCUCAGCGAUCUCUUCGUGGACUUCCAUGAGAUCGGUUGGGCGGGCUGGAUCAUUUUCCCUCGUGGCUACAAGGCUUAUUACUGCAAGGGGGCCUGCCUGUUCCCCUUGGGGGAAAGCCUCCGGGCCACCAACCACGCGACGGUCCAGUCCAUCGUCCACACGCUGAAGCUGUCCAAGGAGGUCAGCACGCCGUGCUGUGUCCCGGACAAGCUGAAUUCCAUCAGCAUCAUGUACUUCGACGACAACGAGAACGUGGUGCUGAAGAAUUACAAAGACAUGGUGGCCGCCAGCUGUGGCUGUCACUGAGGCGAGCCCUCUCGGCCAGCCACCGCCUGGGGUCUGGACUCCUCCCCGGGACGCUGAAGGUGGAUGCCUUGAGUUUGAGUUUAUGCCCUGGCGACUCCCAGCCGGGGGGUGUAGCACCCCCAGAACGCCUGGAUCCAGCACCUGGGACCUUAGUAACGUCCGAUAAGGGAGGUAGCCAGCUGGUCAGCGCUGAAAGGGCUCUACCACCGGGCUCCAUCCAUAGAGAGGAGACUGCUCCCAGCUCCCCAGACCAGCUGACUUGUCUAAGAGUCCUGUGCCCUCCGGCCUGCAGGGACAAUGCAGGGGAGGGGUUGGGGGCUGCUUCUGCAGAUACAAACCAGUGAGACAGAGCAGGACUGGCGUUAAUGGGGGCCAGCACAUCUGAGGCAGAAGGAUCGUGAGGAAACGCUUUGGUCUGGUUAGUCUAGUUG